AUGGUUCUCUCCUUUGUGUUGAUACAGAACCGGCAAGGCAAGACCCGCCUGGCGAAAUGGUAUAGCCCGUAUACCGACGAUGAGAAGAUCAAGUUGAAGGGAGAGGUGCACCGACUGGUGGCCCCGCGUGAUCAGAAGCAUCAAUCGAACUUUGUCGAAUUCCGAGGUGCAUCAAAAGUCGUCUACCGCCGCUACGCCGGCCUCUUCUUUUGCGCCUGUAUCGAUGCGAACGACAACGAACUCGCCUACCUAGAGGCCAUACACUUCUUCGUAGAGGUACUCGAUCAGUUCUUUGGGAACGUCUGCGAACUGGAUUUGGUCUUCAACUUUUACAAGGUGUAUGCCAUACUCGACGAAGUGUUCCUGGCAGGAGAGAUUCAAGAGGCCUCGAAACAGGUUGUUUUGACACGACUAGAGCAUCUAGACAAAUUGGAAUGA